UGCCUGCCCCUCACUGUCAGGAUGGAGGGGGCUCGACGGCCUUCCCUUCUCAUGCUCCUGCUGGUUUUACAGCCCGGUGGGUUCGGCAGAGCAGAGGCAGACGCGAUGGAGCUGAGCGGGAUUCUGGGAGGGUCGGUCACUUUCCCUCUGGAGAUCCCAGCAGCAGAGCAAUUCGAGAACGCUGUCUGGACUAUAAACACAAACAGUCUAGUAACUGUAACACCAGGGAAACCACCCAAUGUCGUUCUGAUAGACAAAACAAAUUACCGCGGACGCCUGGGAAUCCUUGACGAGAGCUACUCCCUACAGCUCACCCGCCUGCGGAUGGAGGACACGGGACAAUACAGAGCGGCCGUAAACACGGAUAAAGGCUCUGUUACCAAGCGCUUCACACUGCGCGUGUACAAGCCAGUACCGGAGCCAACUGUCGUCUGUGACCCAGUGACCUGUGUGAGUGAAACCUGUAACUACAACCUGAGCUGCACCGUCAGGGAUGGAGGGGACAAUGUGACCUACAGCUGGACUCACACCGCAGGGGGCGCUGUUGUACCCAAUGAGUCCAUUCUGCACAUCUCUCUGAGCCCCCGUGAUGCUCACCUGAAUGUCACCUGCACAGCCCAGAACCCCGCCAGUAACAGCUCCACAACGGCCUCUGCAAAGAACCUUUGUGCAGGGUACGUCGGAGCAGAGGCAGGCGCGAUGGAGCUGAGCCGGAUUCUGGGGGACUCCGUCACUUUCCCUCUGGGGAUCCCAGCAGAGCAAGUUAGAACUGCUGCCUGGACAGUAAACGCAACGAGGACUAUAGUAACUGUAGCAGCAGGAAACCCCCCCACAGUCAUUGUGACAGACCCAUCCUACGAGGGACGCCUGAGAGUCCCCGAGAGCAACUCGCUUCAGAUCACCAGCCUGAGGAUGGAGGACACAGGCACCUACAGCGCUCAGAUCAGCACCGCUACAGGCGCCAUCCACAGACACUUCACACUGCGCGUGUACAAGCCAGUACCGGAGCCAACUGUCCUCUGUGACUCAGUGACCUGUGUGAGUGAAACCUGUAACUACAACCUGAGCUGCACUGCCAGGGAUGGAGGCGAGCAUGUGACCUACAGCUGGACUCACACAGCAGGGGGCGCUGUUGUAGCCAAUGAGUCCAUUCUGCACAUCUCUCUGAGCCCCCGUGAUGCUCACCUGGCCGUCACCUGCACAGCCCAGAACCCCGCCAGUAACAGCUCCACAACGGCCUCUGCAAAGGACCUUUGUGCAGCUCCCACACCAGUCUCGGCCUCCUCGCUGUCCUACUGCCACGUCAAGGGGAUCGUCCUGCUGCUGGUGCUGGGAGCCCUGAGCACCGGGAUCAUCGCGGUGCACGUCCUCCCCGGCAGGGAGCGGAGACGGGACUGAGAGCAGAGGAGCUUUCACUGCGGCUGCCAAUCCCACCUGGGCGUUCCCCAGCCCGCCAGCCUGAGGGUGCUCCGCGGGGACGCUCGCUUGCAGCUUCCGAAGGCUUGGGACUUCAAUACCCUGUCUUUUCGAGCCAGACAGGCUAGCCUGCUGCAACGCAGACCCAGGUCUGACCCACGCACCCAAAGCCGCAGACCUAACUGAUAGAGAGAUAUGCACAGCUGUUUGCUCCCUCAGCAGGCGAAGACGCAGCCUUCUGAUCUGUGAUCCACUGGCUUACGGACGCUGUUUUUGCUGACAGUAGCUUUGCUGCAAAAUUCUGCUGCUUCAAAUUGUCCUUACUAAAAACUGACCAAUGUGAGUCUAAAAUACAGGGGGAAACUUUUUUAUCACUAGACAUUACUUUUAUAAAGAGAUUUUCUGUGUUUUUAACCCUGGGUUGUUUCUGCGUGCUCACUUGUCAUUGAAACACACACGCAAAAGGGUUGAAUGAAACAUUGUUUCUUCAGAUAGACUUGUUUUUCAAAGUGGUCUUUUCUAAUCCACUAAUUUAAAAAGACUGCUUCAAAUUGUUCUCACUACACGCACAGGGAAAAGCUUUUCAAAACUUUUUCUUAGUAAGGGUUGGUCUGUUUAGGUCUGGGGUGCUUCUACGUGCUUUUUUUUUAUUGAAACAUAUGCAAAAGUGCUAACUGAAGGGAUGUGUCUUCAUAUAGGCUUGCUAACAGGGGAUUUGCUGCAGCUUCAGAUUAUCCUUAUUAAAAAAAUAACCCAUUUUAGUCUAAAACAUAGGGGAAAACUUUUAGAAAUUGUUACUAAGGGUUUAUAGUUUUAACUUUUAUUAAAGCCCCUAGGUAAAUGGGCUACAUGGCGGGGAAAAUGCUUGGGGUUUGUUUUU